GCAACGUCUCCAUCUUCAAGUGAGAGUCAUCCGCAUACCAUAUCAAACAGAUAUCCUACGACUUCUUGCAGUGACCACAAUCUCCACUCAAUCAACCUUUUAAAACACCAAACACAAUCGCAUCACCAAACCGAAGAUGCAUUUAACCAAGCCAGCUCUCUUCGCUGCUUCCCUCUUAUGGGCUACCGCCUUUGCCUCUCCCAUCAACUCUCCGGCCAUACUCAGAACUAGAGGACUCAUUGGUGGUUCCACAACCGAUGGUAGUACGAAAGACAUUGCAGGCAAUACCGCUGCCGGCAAUCCUGUAGGAGAUGACAAUACGAAAAGUAUUUCAAAAAGUAAUGCUGUCGAGGGUGCUAUAGACAGUUUUCAUUUGGACGACUUUGCAGGGAGUCUUACUGCUCGCGAUGUUUCAAAGAGGGGUCAUAGACGCAGCAGUGCCCCUGGUUCAUCUAGUGGCUCUGGUUCAUCUAGUGACCCUGAUUCUAGUCGUCCUUCUGGUCCAUCUAUUGUUACUGAUGCAGUUUGUGGUGCCUCCGAUACUACACAAAAUGAUUCUUCGAAGGAUGCGAACGAAGCGAACGAUGCUAAAUCAGACUCUGGUACUCUUGGCGAUCUUAUGAGGCGUGGUAUUGUCGGGGCUAAUGCGGAAGGUCUUACUGCUCGCGAUGUUUCAAAGAGGGGUCAUAGACGCAGCAGUGCCCCUGGUUCAUCUAGUGGCUCUGGUUCUAGUCGUCCUUCUGGUUCAUCUAGUGGUGUCACUGAUGCAGUUUGUGAUGCCUCUGAUACUACACAAAAUGAUUCUGCGAAGGAUGCGAACGAUGGUGGUCCCUCUGAUUUAUCUAGUCGUCCCCCUGGUUCAUCUGGUGGUCCCUCUGAUUCAUCUAGUAUUUCCCCUGGUUCAUCUGGUAUUCCCCCUGCUUCAUCUAGUGGUGUCACUGAUUUAGUUGGUGAUAACUUCGAUAUUGUACAAAAUGAUUCUGCGAAGGAUGCGAAGGAUGCGAACGAUGCUAAAUCAGAUUCUGGUACUCUUGGCGAUCUUAUGAGGCGUGGUAUUGUCGGUACUAACGGCGCUGAGAAGCGUUUUGUUGCCCGCAAUAAUGACGGUACUGUACACGAUGCUAAUAAAGCUGUACACGAUGCCAACAAAGCUGUCCAUAAUGCCCUGCAUGGAUUGCUGCAUGGGAUAUUACUCUGAGCUGAAAAGUCCGAUCAGAAAAAGGCCAUUUUGGUGGCUUGCACACCAGCUUUGCCUCUGAUAGUACGUUAGGCGUUUAGUGGGAAGUCAUAUGUAUACGCCCGUCAGGUCAUAAAGAUUCUUGGUUCGGUCAUUCUGUCGAUAUUAUCGUUGUCGAUGUACUUCUUCUGUUCAGCGGAUCUAUUAUACACGUAUUGGUAGUUCAUUUUAUACAUAAUACACAAACAAGCAUUCUUGAUUUAAUUUCAGCAGUUUAUAAUACUUCUUUUACGCA